CCAGGUUGAUGGUGUCACACUUGACGUCAUUAGGGCAUCGCACCACCUUCUUGAAUCUAACGGGUGUCUGCUCGCUUUAUGACACAAUAAGGCGCUAUUAAAGCAUGUCCACUCCAGCGAGACGGCGACUCAUGAGAGACUUCAAGAGACUUCAAGAAGACCCUCCGACUGGUGUGAGUGGUGCACCUUCAGAAAAUAACAUCAUGCUGUGGAACGCUGUGAUUUUUGGGCCUGUAGGAACUCCAUUUGAAGAUGGAACUUUCAAGCUAGUUAUUGAAUUUUCAGAAGAAUAUCCAAACAAGCCUCCUACAGUUCGCUUUAUCUCCAAAAUGUUUCACCCAAAUGUAUAUGCAGAUGGCAGUAUAUGUUUAGACAUUCUGCAGAAUCGCUGGAGUCCCACAUAUGAUGUUUCCUCCAUACUGACAUCCAUACAGUCUCUGUUGGAUGAGCCGAACCCGAACAGCCCAGCGAACAGUCAGGCUGCACAGCUCUAUCAGGAGAACAAACGUGAGUACGAGAAGAGAGUGUCUGCUAUCGUAGAGCAGAGCUGGGUCGACUCGUAAUGUCACAUCAGCAAACAUCUCUGACAAGUGCCACCAACACUCAAUUCAUACGAAGAAAACCAACAAUAUUUGUGUGCUUAUUUAUUGUUUUGAACUGCAUGAUUAACACAAUUUGACAUGUACUACAGUUGGAUUGAUGCAGUUGAUGUUUUAAAGGAAUGCCGAUUGUUGGCAAAAAGUUCCAAGUUAUUCUCCUUACUAAUAUAUUUCAAAACAUCUCAAGAUGCUUCAACUUAUCAAGGGUUGACAGAGAAAUCUUUGAAAGAUUUUACACGCCAGGGGCGUGGCCAGAAGGGUGUCACGGGGUGGCAGCUGCCAUCUUAAAAAUGAGCUUUGCCACCCCAACUCGGACCUAGCUCGUAUAGUGGAGAAGGUGCACAAUGGCUUAACCCGGCACAAGUGCACAAGGUUUUGCCACCCCGUGAGUAAAAUCCUGGACAUGCCCCUGACAUGUGUUUGUGCUUCAGAUUCAAUAAGAGGGUAUGUACAUAUAACACACUGAAGUUGGACACAGUGGUUACGGUCAUUUUUCAAAGAAUGUGUGGAUAUCUGGAUGACAUGUUAAAGGAUUGCAAAGUUAGUGUUUUGAAGUUAGUUUUUGUGAAUUUGUCAUAUAAGAACAUUUAUACUUCUAAUAUGCUGUAUAAAAAAAUAAAUAAACAUUUUUUCAGA